AUGUUCAAGUUAGCUAAGAAAUCUGAUUUACUUCUGCUUGCCAAGCAUUAUAAUAUUUCUGAAGUAAAGUCUUCCAUGCUCAAACAAGAAAUUAAGAACAUUCUUGUUCAGUAUUUUAUAGAUGAAGAUAUUUUUUACUCAUGUGCUGAGUCAUUAAUUGUAGAAACUCAAUCAGAUUUGAAAUUAAGGGAAUUGCAGUUGAAGUUGGAACUUCAAGAAAGAGAAAUGGAGAGAGAAGAAAGUAUGAAAAAGUUAGAAAUGGAGAGAGAAAGGGAAGAAAGAGAAAGAGAGAAAGAAGAAAGAAUGAAAAAGUUAGAAAUGGUGGAGAGAGAAUGGGAAGAAAGAGAAAGAGAGAAAGAAGAAAAAAAUUUACUGCAGGAAACCUGGACACAUUAUCUCUCAAUGUUUUGCUCCAAAGAGGAAGCAGGGAAGAGAAGAGGUAGUGGCGCUCAUCUAAGAAAAAUGGCCGAGUUUGAAGAGAAACGAGCUAUAAAACAAGGACAAAAAGGGGAGGAACUUCCCGCAGUAAAACUAGUGACAGCCGUAGCUAAAGCGGUUGUAAUCGCUAGGUCGGAAAUCAGACAGUCACAAAAGCAUAGCGAUCUGAUACGACAUAGGAACGGCAUGGACAGAACUAUGAGCUAUGAUUUAUACAGCCCAUGA